GAAUGUUCUGCAAGUAACAUUUUCUUCAGUCGAGUUGAUAUCAGUGUGUCCCUUCUCGUCGGAGCUGUAAACUCAUCUCCAUUUUUUCCGGCGGAAUCGAUUUCUAUGAGACAAGAGGGGUUGCUCGGAUGGUGAUAGGUUGACCAAACAGAUAUGGAAGACAUACUAACAGAAAUCCCUCCACCUUCAAGGUUCUUUUUGGAAGAUCUGAACAACUUUUGUCCUCCAUCUCCUCCUCUUCCCUCUCCAUUCCUGUUGUUUUCAACUUCUAACCGGGAGAAGUUUUCUCGCCCUUCUCUCCUCAUCAUUGCCAUGUCUUCUCCGUCACUUCAAAUUUUUCAUCAUGUGUCUUCCAAAACCCUUGUUGGAACUGUUAUCCUUCCUGAGAUCCCAUUCUCUGGCAAUUCAGUUGAACCCUCUCUUAAAGACAAAUCAUGCAAUAUAUAUGCCCUGAAUGAAGAUGAUAACUUGAUUAUGAUUGUGUCUGUUCAAUAUCCAGUUACUGCAGAGAGAUCUCAUGCAGUCGCGAAGCUACUGAUUGGAGAACAGGUUAUCCCAGAAAAGGUCUUAAUUUUGGAUUCCAUCCGAAGUUCUAAUUUUAGAGGAAGACUUUCACCCGAUGAAGCAUUUGCAUUUAAGCUGGAAUCAUCUGCAGAGAGAAAAGCAAAAGCUGAUGGCCAUCAAGAUUCACCACUGGUAAAAUGCGCAGACUAUCUUCCAUCAGGAAGUGUUGUAGAUGGCUUGGCAGCAGCUUUAUUAAGCCGAUGUCAGUUAAAGAAGAUAAGGGGAACUCUGUGUGUUUCAUGGCCUGAAGUCGGUGUUUCAGUUAUAUCACUUGUUAAGUCUCUACUGCUCAAGGAUGUCCUCUCCCACGUGAAGCAUAUUGACAUGAAGAAGCUUGAGGAGGGAUUUCUAAAAUUAGGCCGGAGUAAGGAUUAUCUUCUUGAAUUUGAACUCUAUACAUGAUAUCUCUGGUUUGAACCAAAUGGCCCUUCUUCUGAUCCUAGUAACGCGUAGAUCGUCCAAUGUAGUUCGAAUAGAUUAAUAUUUUCAUCAUCUCCUGCAUUUUACCAGCUUGACAUGGUUCACCAUGCCAUAUCAAUCUUAUGUUUUACAGCUACUUAGAGUGAUUUUAUGGACUUACAUGGUCAAGUGUAUGAAACACUAUAAAUUUAGGUACUUUGAGACAAUCUUUUUAUUUUUACAUACAUUUUGUUUUGGCCAAAUAA